CUUUAGGGCGGGGCCUAGGACGACCUGCUCUGCGGGCCGAGAGUUCUCGUCGGAAACAAAACAGCGGCAGCAGAGACCGAAACCUCCGGUGCGAGCCGGCCGCCUGGGCGCGGAGAGAGAAGGAGUCAACACGUGACAGAAGCCCUUCAAGGUCCUUAAGCAGCUCGGCCUGGAAGAGAACACAUGAGAGAAAGAAUCCCAAGAGGCUCUGUUUUCCUUGAAAGGGUAUUUCUCUACAGUUGCUCCAAUGACAGACAUACCUGCACCCUUGUCCUACUUCCAGAAUGCACAGAUGUCUGAGGACAGCCACUCCAACAGCACCGUCCGUAGCCAGAGUGACGGUCAAGAACGGCAGCAGCACCAUGACAGGCGGAGACUUGACAACCCUGAGCCCGUAUCUAAUGGUCGACCCCAGAGUAACUCACGGCAGGUGGUGGAACAAGACGAGGAAGAAGAUGAAGAGCUGACAUUGAAAUAUGGAGCCAAGCAUGUCAUCAUGCUCUUUGUUCCCGUGACCCUCUGCAUGGUGGUAGUCGUGGCUACCAUCAAAUCCGUCAGCUUCUAUACUCGGAAAGAUGGGCAGCUAAUCUAUACCCCAUUCACAGAAGACACUGAAACUGUAGGCCAAAGAGCCCUGCACUCAAUUCUGAAUGCUGCCAUCAUGAUUAGUGUCAUCGUCGUUAUGACCAUCCUCCUGGUGGUUCUUUAUAAAUACCGGUGCUACAAGGUCAUCCAUGCCUGGCUUAUUGUUUCAUCUCUGUUGUUGCUGUUCUUUUUUUCAUUCAUUUACUUGGGGGAAGUCUUUAAGACCUACAAUGUUGCUGUGGACUACAUUACAGUUGCUCUACUCAUCUGGAAUUUUGGUGUAGUGGGGAUGAUUGCCAUUCACUGGAAAGGCCCACUUCGACUGCAGCAGGCGUAUCUCAUUAUGAUCAGUGCCCUGAUGGCCCUGGUAUUUAUCAAGUAUCUCCCUGAGUGGACCGCAUGGCUCAUCUUGGCUGUGAUUUCAGUAUAUGAUUUGGUGGCUGUUUUAUGCCCCAAAGGUCCACUUCGUAUGCUGGUUGAAACGGCUCAGGAAAGAAAUGAAACUCUCUUUCCAGCUCUUAUCUAUUCCUCAACAAUGGUGUGGCUGGUGAAUAUGGCCGAAGGAGACCCAGAAGCCCAAAGAAGGGUACCCAAAAAUCCCAAGUAUAACACACAAAGAGCAGAAAGGGAGACACAGGACACUAGUCCUGGGACCGAUGAUGGUGGCUUCAGUGAGGAAUGGGAAGCCCAAAGGGACAGUCACCUGGGGCCUCACCGCUCCACUCCUGAGUCAAGAGCUGCUGUCCAGGAACUUUCCGGCAGUGUCCUGACUAGUGAAGACCCGGAGGAAAGGGGAGUAAAGCUUGGAUUGGGAGAUUUCAUUUUCUACAGUGUUCUGGUUGGUAAAGCCUCAGCCACGGCCAGCGGAGACUGGAACACAACCAUAGCCUGCUUUGUGGCCAUACUAAUCGGCCUGUGCCUUACCUUACUACUGCUCGCCAUCUUCAAGAAGGCGCUGCCAGCUCUCCCCAUCUCCAUCACCUUUGGGCUGGUUUUCUACUUUGCCACGGAUUAUCUCGUGCAGCCCUUUAUGGACCAGCUUGCAUUCCAUCAAUUUUAUAUCUAGCAUAUCUACAGUUAGAAUCCAUGGAUAUUUGUUCUUUGAUUAUUAAAUACCUGAAGAGGACACGUGACUCUCCCUUGUCCUCAUCUAACGAAGUCAAGACUCUAGCUGGACUUUUGCAGCUUCCUUCCAAGUUCCCUGGCCACCUGUAUUGUUGGACUCUGGAAGGAGGUGUCUACAGAAAACGGCUUCCAGCAUUCUUCAUUGCAGUGGGCAGAUAUCCCUCAGUGCAAAUACUACCAGAUUUGAGGGACAAGGACCAAGAAGUUGUGUUCUGCCAAUAGUAUGACCCUUGGGCACGGAGAUUUUGCCAGCACUGGGAACCCUCAAGAAGCUGAAUGAAGUGGUGUGAACCAAGCAGAACUUCCAUCUUCUCCACCAUGUUGGAAAUAAAACCUGUAUUAGCUGAAUCCUGCACUGUCCAGAGGUUCUGUGAGGAGGGAACACUGGGCCUGGGCCUCACUCGUAGGCUCUUUUGCUGCCCACUUGUAAGUUUAAAUAAGGGCACCACCCCCCCAAACUCUCCUGUCACAUCUGUGGUUUGACCAUUUUUGUUCUCAAGCACUGACUCAUUAUCAUCUGUGGUUGCCGCUUCUCCCCAAGGCCAGUCUGGACAAAUUUGGGGUUGCUUUAUUCUGAGUCAUAACCUCAGGUUCCAAAGUUUAUAAUUUCUGGAAAUUAUGGAAUUAUUGCUCAAUAGUACUCUGUCUUCCUUAAGUAAGUUCUGGAUUUUCCACAGGCUCCUCAUUGUUAGACAUACUUGCGAGCUUACUUCUCCCCUGAUGCUUCUCUCUCUGUCCCUCCCUUAUCCCCACAGCAGUUCUAUUUGACAGCAGACAGGGCAGCUCUGGGAGGUAGCAAAUGACCCUGAUAGCCCAGGGUCCUGACCUCACGUGAUGCAGUCAGUGCUGCAGCCUGGCCAUCAUCUGACCCCUCGGAGGCAGACAGGAUCAAAGCGCAGCUGACUGGUGAAGCGCUCCGGCCUAGUGUUUCUUCUGUCACGGCAACCCUCUGCCAGGGUCAGAGUUCAAACUUGGACUGGGGUAGAACUCAGUGGUAGAAUAUUUGUCUAGCAAGACCCAGGUUCAGUCCCCAGCAUUGGAAAAGAAAAUAAAACUACAGAAUUUGAAUUAAUGUCCAAUGCUGGUAGUUUCUCAGUUCAUGAACCAAUUGUGUCUAACAAGGCAAGAGUUUGGCAAAAAGCUGGUUCUUGGUUAGCUUUGGAGAACCUGGAGUCGCCAAGAGCAGGGGCCUCCCACAGCCGUGGGGCAGUGUGCUCGCUACACAGGCGGGUGUGAAGGGCGAGGCUGUGCUACAGAGGUCACAGGUGAGCUCAGGUGCUGUGGGUCAGUUUGGCAACAUGCACAGACUGAGCAGGAGUUCCAUGGGUGUAUGUCAGCAUCCUCAGCCAGGAGAUCAGCUGGGCAAUGUGAAAAACAUUGAUGUGGGUCAAGAAAUGCUUGCUAGCUCUCUCCCAGACUAGCCUGUGAGCCAGUUUGGGCUUCUCUUUAUUCUUUUGGGUCACAGUAGUGUGUGUGUGUGUGUGUGUGUGUGUGUGUGUGUGUGUGUGUGUGUACACGUACGUGCGUGUGGGAGGGGGCACAGUUGAUCAUACCUGGCGUUUGGGGCAAGUGCUCCACUAAUGGGCUAACUCAGCCUGGGGUAAUUCUAGUAAGAAUUCGACUUUAGGAGUCAGGCCUAAUCCCUCACUCGUAAGGCCAGCUAGCCUAGCCUCAUCGCGGUCUAGGCCAGUGAAAGGCCCUGUGUCAAAAAGCAAGGUGGUGGCUCCUGAGGAACAGAACCCACACAAACAUGCACGCAUAAGAAGAGCUGAGGGUGUAGCUUUUUGGUAAAGCACAGAGCGCUCAGCACCCUCGGGGCCCUGGGUUCAGGCUCAUCCUAGCCAAUGAGAAGAAAACUAGGAGCCACACAAGAGAAGAGAGGGACUUGGGUAGAAGGUACUGUUUUAUUAUUGUGAGCACAUGCCCCAGCCCAUACAUGGAGGUCAGAGAUCAGCCCUGUGCUGAGGCUCAGACUCGGGCCACCAGGUGCUGCCCCGCCAUCUCACUACCCCCUUUGCCCGGACAGGAGAAUGGAAGUCACAGCCUUUUGAUUCAAGGCGCUUUUGUGACUCUCAGUCAGAGCAGCUUGUGUAAGGGUCCAAGUGUUUCGUUGUCUUUCAUGGACAAGAGGGUCCAUCCAGGCUAUGUUUGUGUGUGGGCAUUUAAGCCCAGGAGAGGAGUGGCUGCAAGCCGCACCUGGGAUAAAGUCACUGAAUCCAACUUGCUCAGUGGAAACUGGUGGAGAAAAGCAGUAGCUUUGGGGCUCGGGUCUGGUGCCUACAGGAUACAGCAUUUUGGGGCAGAAUGCCAGCUGCAGUUGGCCGGAGAAGAAGGACUCUUCCCUGUUUUUGAAUCUGCUGUGCUAGAGGGGUCCUGGGGCCACAGCUUUUACUCUCAAUGACUACAUUUCUCCAAGAGGGAAAAAAAUGGGGCAAAGGACAAAGCCAAAAGCAGUCUGUGAACUCCGCCACAGAGGAGCAGUUUCGUUUUUAAACUCCGCUGGAGAGUUUAGUGUUCUUUUGCGAUAGGUGCCCAAGUGUUUGCUGCUUGUCCUGUCUGUGGUUUUAAGCCAAUGUGUGUGUGCGUGAUGGGGUCUCCUGUGUAAGCACAGGUUGGACUCAAAUUUAUGAUCCUUCUGCCUUCACCUUACAAGUACUGGGAUCACACAGACAGGAGCUGUCAUGCUGAGUCAUGUAUGUAUAUAAUAUAUACAUUACAUUUAUUUACUGUGUGUGUAGGCAUGGAGCAUGUGCUCAUGAAGUCAAAGGAUAAACAGCAGCAGUUGCUUCUCUGCUCCCAUCAUGCGGGUUCCCGGACUUGAACUUGGAUCCUCAGGCUGGGAGGCCUAUGCUUUUUACCCACUGAGCCAUCUUGCUGGCCUUGUGUGUGUUCUUGAUCCUGUUUGUUAAACUGCCAAACAAGGUCUUUCACGGUCAGACCUGUAAGGGAAGUAAGUCUCUGUUUUCGACCCCCAGAGCGAGACUUUGCAUUGUUGACCACUUGUGACCUCACCCUGGAAGAAAAGCUGAGAUGCAGGCGUUGUUCAGUAUCCUGUGUGCUUGGCGUGGUGCAGGAGUUGAAGGCUGCAAAGAUGAGCCAGAGCCUUGCUUGUCCUCUUCCCUCCCUGCCUUUGUCCCUCCACUUCCCACUCCCUUCUGAAAGAACCCCCCCAUCCUUGUCGCGGCCCCCCUCGUCCAGCAAGGAUGACGCGACCACCAGAGCUCUUCUCACUGCAGUUUAUUCCAUGACUUUAUUCACAGCAAUCUUUUCCCUUCUCUUUCUCUCCUUCUGUCUCUCUCUUCCUCUCUCGGGCAAACCUCUCCCAGCCCUUAAGUAGGCCUGGGCCGCCAACCUCAGAUUGCCAGGUGGGCACUGCCCAUAGGUCCAUGCAUAUGCAAGCAGCUGACAGUCAUUGCAUGAUAAUAGCAUAAGUUAGGCUUUAGCCAUAGGAGUUGAUUAUCCCAGAGAGCACUCGCUUUCGGGAUCGCGGAGGGCGGGAGCCAGCACCAUUAGGUGCGACUCCACGCAGCUCUCUACAUUGCCAUCAGGUGUGGCUUCACGCAGCUCGCUACACAUCCUCAGAGUCAUUGCGUAGCUGAGGGCGUUCCUAAACUUCAGCCCUUCCUGCUCUAAAGAGCUGGGUUACCCACACGCACCACUGUGCCCAGUUUACUCUGUGGGGGAUUGAACCUGGGCCAUGUGCGUGAUAGGCAGGCACUCUACCAGUUGAGUUACAUCCCCAGAUCCCACACACAUCUUGACGUCUUUUAACUACUUUUGACCACUUAGGCUUACAAACGGAUGCUAUCAAUAAGGUGACAUCAUUCCCUCAGAAAUCCGUUCUUUCAGCGAGGCCCCUUGGAUCCUUGAUGCUCAGUUUGAGGAUAGCUCAGGAACUGGAUAUCGGCUUCCACCCUCAGGAUGGAAAUAGGUGUCAUAUCUUGCUAAGUUAGAGUUCAGAAGCAAUCCUGGUGUCUUCUCGUGUCUUUAGAUUAUCCAAGCACAGGCAGUUUUAAAAAAGGAAAAAGGCACCGGUUUUUGUUCUUUCCAGCCCUCGUGGAUAGUGCCAGCUAGAUACCCGCAGGCUGCCACAUCUCAGGGUCCUCUGCACCUCAUCAGUCUACACAUCUGAUAGGAAACCAUAAUUUGCAUAUUGCAAAGCCCAUCUUGGUGCUGAAAUGAACCCUUUCUUGAAUGUCAAAGCCAUUUCCAGGAGUGUGGGGUAGCAAUGUGCCUCUCGGGAUGCAGGGCCCCUCUGACCCUGCCAGGUAGUGCUAACCCUUGCCUGCACAGCAGGAAGGGCUUCCCUGAAAGACUUCUAUUCAAAUGCAUACUUGUGGAAGGCAAGUGCCAGGGUGAGCUUUUCCAGAGUGUUCUUUACUCUCACAUGGUCACUGCCUGGCUUCUCCUACUAUGGGUAAUAAUUUGUACAUAACAGACUGUGAAUAUAACUUUUUAAAUAAAUACUUUCAAACUCUUGGUAAGAUAUAAUUUUGAUAAUGAUUGCAGAUUUUCUUCCUGUAUUUGUCAAAUGAAUAA